ACAUACUCUUCAGCUUUAUAUAUUAGUAUAGAAGUAUAGAUAAUUUACUACUUAACGUCAUAAAAUUAUACUCAUUGUUCUUCGAGAGGCAGGCCGCCGAUUGAUCAUGACCUCGAAGUAAACACAGCCGGACACGUUUAUUAAAUAUUAAUUUAAAUAAUAGGAAUUAUGAAGAGGUAGACAUAUAUAAAACACUAGGUGUUGCCCGUGAGCCCGCCCAUUACAAAUCUAAAAUGCCUCUUAGAUCCCACUGGAACAUGAAAUUGGGAUAAUGAUGUAAUAUCCUAUAUGAUAAUUCUGGUUGUAAACUAUCUGUGUACCAAAAAAGUUUCGUCUAAAUCCGUCCAGCGAGUUUCAGUAUCUUAUUAAUUGGACAUCAGCUAUUAUUUAAGUACGAGAUGUGAUUUUUAGUGCCCUAGAAUAAUGGCCCGGUUUACUGCAUUACAAUUUCGAUACAUCAACAUUUGUGUUGUCACAAGGACAAACUGCCCAAAAUGUCGACGCAGAGCAAGUGAUCUUUGUGCUCAAAAUUAAUCAUUACUCACUUCGUCAUACAAAAUUAUUAUACUAACAAAUUAAAUAUACGCCCAGUUCUUGAGAAGUCGAUUGAAUGAUGUCACGCCUCUAACGAACCGGUUCAUACUAUCUCACACACGCAUCAACGCAAUAGAAGGUAGGUAUAAUGCAAUCCUGGGACAGCUCAGUGGCAUAUAAAAGCUCGCUGAGAUAAAUUUUGGGCACAUUCAACUUGAGCUAUCUCAUAGUGAAGUCACUCACAUCUCUCAAAAUGGCAUUCAAGCUGGUUGUUCUGGUCUGCGCCAUCGCUGCUGUUAAGGCGGGAGUCAUCGCCCCAGUGGCUUACACCGCUCACCCCGCCCCAGUAGCCUACGCCGCCGCCCCGGCCGCGCACGUGGUGCACGCCGCACCCGUGGCAUACUCCGCGCCCGUCGCCAAGCUUGCCGUCGAGGAGUUUGACGCGCACCCCAAGUACAGCUUCGCGUACGACGUGCAGGACGGUCUCACCGGUGACUCCAAGACCCAGCACGAGAGCCGUGACGGAGACGUUGUCCAGGGCUCCUACUCCGUGGUCGACCCCGAUGGCACCAAGCGCACUGUUGAGUACACCGCUGACGACCACAACGGAUUCAACGCCGUCGUGCACAGAGAGCCCCUCGCCCACGCCGCUAAGAUCGUCGCCCCCGUCGCCAAGGUGGUCGCCCCUGUAGCUUACCACGCCGCCCCUGUCGUCCACGCCGCUCCCGUGGCUUACCACGCCGCCCCAGUCUACCACCACUAAGAGUACAGCCUAGUCAAACUCUGAAGAAAUGGAAAUGAUUGAUUGUGUUAUUUAUUUCAUUAGAAUAAGAAGCAAUUAAAGAAUAACUUGAAUAUACUAAAGAGAUUUCCUUAAGUCGAUAUUACCCAUUGGCUCUACACGUAAACAUGAACAAAAUAGGCAUUUUCGUGCCCGAUUUUGCACCGUUAGGCGCUGUGAAAGUGUCGACAAUUUUUUUUACAGUCAAACACUAUCUUUAUACCUCGCCCACAAGAAUACAUACCAAACGCAAUAAAAAAAAAUCGUGCGUACUUAUUGAGGACGAAAUACACACAUAAUUAAAAUGAUAAAGCAACAUGAA